CAACUUCUCAGAACACUAAUAUUUUGUGGCAUAAAUAGCAAAGUACUACUCCGUACCAGGUGUUGGUUUCAGUAUUUGAUAUGCUGUGUUAUACAAAGGUGAGGAAUACACCACUGUAGAUACUUAGUAUUACUUGGUGCCAACUGAAUAGGUGCAAUGGGAGGCUAUGGGAUAUAUCUGUGAAAAGACAUAACGAUUGUGAGGAAGGAAUUGUACCUGUAUAAGUCAUAGCUGAAACACAUUUGCAACAUUCUGAAUUUCUAAAAUGAAAAGUGCCUGGCUUCCCCUCACCCCCAAAUUCUUGUCCCAAAUCCCAAGUAUCUUGAUAUAGAGAGGUGUACAGGGACUCAAGCAUCCCCCCCCCAAUUUCACAUUUGUGGGGUGGGGGCAGUGAGCCUUGCUGAUGAGACUUGUUCAGAAUUGCUAUUCACUACUUCAUAUGUCCCAGUCCACACUGUAAUGGAGGAAAAUGGAGUUGGUCAUGAUAAUAGCAUGCAGAGAGCCAGUGACUUCUUGGUCAACUCUAAUGCAGAAGAAGAGGAAACUGGUGACCAAGCAUUCCAGCAUCAAACAUGCAUGGACACGAGGGACCCAUCUUUUGGGCAGGAUGUGGUUCCAGCAGUCUUGCCCAUCCCAGUGCCGAUUACUGAAGAGGCUCAUCCAUCACUAAAUGCACAAAUGCAGCUAUCUCAGCCACUCUCUUUUUCGGCAGAAGAAUUUCAACUUGUGGACCAGAGUGGCCAUUCCCUUUAUGAAGUACAAUCCUCAGAAGGGUCCAGUACUCACAUGAUGAUUGUUGCCAGCCAGUCUGAAAAUGGUCAAGUGCUACACGUUAUUCCUUCUUCACAGCCAGGAAUGGCACAAGUGAUUUUUCCCCAAGGCCAGUGUCUGGAUGUCACCAGCUCUCAGGAUGCUUCAGAAGAGAAAAACUGUGAUGGGGAUUUGCAGACGGUGGCAGUGGCUGCUAUAGCAGACAGUAUAAACAGUUACACCCUUCAUCCUCAAGCAUCUCUCACAGUGUCCAAAAAGACCGCUGACAGGAUCUUGGAAGAUGCUUUUCCAGUUUGUCCUCAAUCAUUGUCCCCAAAUACGCCAGCAUGGGCUCACCGUCUCAGAAGCUGUGAGAAAAUUGGAGACUCGUACCGUGGCUAUUGUUCAAGCGAAACAGAAUUAGAGAGUAUCCUAACACAGCACAAACAGCAAACACGCAGUGUGUGGGGAACACGCCAGUCUCCAAGCCCAGCUAAACCUGCCACAAGGCUAAUGUGGAAAUCCCAAUAUGUCCCAUUUGAUGGGAUCCCUUUUGUCAAUGCUGGAAGUAGAGCCAUAGUGAUGGAGUGCCAAUAUGGGCCCCGAAGGAAGGGUUUUCAGCCUAGAAAAACUGGUGAGCAGGAGAGCAUUUCCUGCCAACUGUACAAAGCCACUUGUCCUGCAAGGAUCUACAUUAAGAAGGUUCAGAAGUUUCCUGAAUAUAGAGUCCCCACAGACCCCAAAAUUGAUAAGAAAAUCAUACGCACGGAGCAGGAAAAAGCUUUCAACAUGCUGAAGAAAAACCUGAUUGAUGCUGGAGGAGUUCUCAGGUGGUAUGUGCAGUUACCUACCCAGCAGGCUCACCAAUAUCAUGAAUUGGAGGAGAUCUGCCUUCCACCUUCACCUUUCUCCAUCCCAUCUCCUGAGGAAGAGGAUGAUGCAGUUAGAGAUGAGAACUGCACGUUACCUUCACGACUUCACCCACAAGUAGCAGAUAAGAUCCGAGAACUGGUGUCUCAAGGAAUAGAACAAGUCUAUGCAGUGAGGAAACAGUUACGAAAGUUUGUGGAACGAGAAUUGUUCAAACCUGAUGAAGUGCCAGAGAAGCACAACUUGUCAUUUUUUCCUACUGUAAAUGAUAUCAAGAACCACAUUCAUGAAGUUCAGAAGACCCAAAGAAAUGGGAAGAUAGUAUAUAACUCGGAAACUAUCCCCGCAAUGCUGCAGUGGACCACAGACAGUGGGAAUGUUCUUACUGAAACAGUGGCGGUUACAUUUGCAUCACCACCUACUGAGGGGAGCUCAUCAGAAAAAACAAUAAUCAAAGUGGAAUCGAAUCAGGCAAGGGAGAUAUUAUAUUCAAAGACGGCUCAGUUACUUUCUUCACUCCAGCCCAGAGUGUUUGCCCAGCUAAAGGGAUUACAGUUACAGUCAGCGCUCACUUCCACUGAUGGAGCGGCAGCUCUUAUAACCAUGGAUAGUCAGGCUCCACCCCACCCUGCAAGUCUACCACAUUCCAUAGGGAGGCAAAUAACAAGCCAGCCUGUACUUUGUCAAGAUCAAAACCUUCAAGCAAGUUUCAAUCAAACACAGAACAAUGCUCCUGCAUCAGUGCUUGGAGAGCAGCCUGUAUCAGAUCAAGGGGUAGUCACUGUGUGCCAGCUUAUAACUGUUGGAAGUAUCGAGGAUGCUGAAGCUAUCAAAGCUAGUCAGACUCUUUUGGGAGAUGCACAGUCCAUUCCUGCACAGACUGUAGACAACUAUCCAGCACUUAAGGACACUCUCUGCACAGGCCAUGUUAAUCAGGAAACCAAAGAACAAGAUAGAGAUGGACAAAUCCAGAGACUGCCCGGCACCACCCAUACUUGAGUCUAUGACGACUGUUGAGAACUUGGAAUGAGGAAAAGUCUGCCUGUAAGAGUAGAAUGUAAUGUUUGAUGCAGGCUCCACAAACCAUCUGCGAUAGACAGCUGGUUUUGACUUGCUGUUUUUGUGGUUCACUGCCAGCUCCGGGUGACUCGCUUUCCAUGUGAAGGCUGCUGGUGUUAUUAUUUUGCUCCUCUACACAGUGUUCUGGGUAGUACUCAAAUGGCUUCUUGUGGUCAGUAUUUCAGUAGGUCUUCCAAAACCAGUUCCUGGAUACAUUUUUAAAAUAACUUUUUGGGGCUAGACAAUAGCUGCCCCCACAGAUUUUCUUUUCUGAAGCCUUCAGCUUGUCCUGGUGACACCAAAUGCAGCAGAGCUUGCCCAGACAGCGGCAGCAAUGGCUUGUUAUGAGGAAUGUAUUAACUGAGACUGAGUCUUUCAUUUUCAGAAGGAAAAUGUGCAGGCUGAAAAAAAGGUAGGAGAAAAGAUGUUCCUUGGGAAAGGAAUGAAGUUUCCAGCAAAACUAUUAAACUGGAUGACACGUAGAAGUAAAUAUGGUGUUAGGGAAGAAGAAAAAAGCUUUCAUUUCAUUUCUACAUUCAACCUUCAGACUCAUUGAUGGUAUUUCUUUUCUCAUUUUGUGUUCCUUCUCCUGAAGGGAAGCAACCAGUAGAUCACAAUGGCUCAGAGCAGCCGUUACAUCUGGUGAAGAAUUGGUGGUGACUUUUUGCCUGCUCUCUCUUCAUUUUACUUUGUGCACUUUACCCUUUAUGUUCAGAGAAGCGCUAUAAGGACGAAAAGCUAACUGCCUGGGCAUGUUGAUACAAUUUAUCAUGUUGUGGAACAGAACGCUAAAAUCUGUAAUGUGUCUGACUUUACAGGAAACAUGUAGUAUUUCCAUCCAUGAUUGACUGGGAUAAAUUAUUGAGCCCCUUGGGAAUUUUUUACAGAGGCAGGUUUUAGGGAGUCAUAGUUCAGAUGUUAAGGCUCUCAACUGGAGAGAGACAAAGAAAGAUUUCUGCAAUGGUGGUGGUGGUUUUUUUAAUUUAGGAAAUAAUUAUCUGUAUACCAAGCAGAAUUGUGACGGCACUACUCGCACGUGCAGGUUUCAAAAAUCAUUAACAAUAAUGUAUAAUAACCAUGUAUUCACGAUAUGACAUGGUAUUUUGGUGCUCUGGAUGUGCACAGAGAUUUCUUCUAAGCAUAGACCUCCUUUCAUUUCAGGGGAAGAACCUAGUCUGCAAAUCAACUGUAAAAUUUAGGUGGGCGCUGGUCCAAAGGGGAUAGUCCCGUGUGCUUUCUCAGAACUCCCACUUCCAAAUAGAUUGCUGAAUCACAUUGCCUGUCUUUAGCACUGGCAAAGUAAGUGUUAAAAUGCUGUUUAUUCUGAGUGUUGUUGCUUUUGAGCGAGUCUCUCUCUGUGUGUACAAAUAUAGCUUAAAUUAGGGACAUGCCCCAGAAAUAUGCUCCAUUAAUUGCAAAUUGCUCCAUGUGGAUAACCUAAAUCUCCACUCUAUUAGAAUCUUGUCGUGCUUUUUUGACACUUGUCUGAUAAAUCCAAUCAGACUUUUGUCUUACAUGUUAUUUCUUUAGGAUUGGUUCACAAUAUCUGUCAGUUGAAAUCUUCUUCCUCUAUAAUUUCUGAAAUUAGUGUCUGAGCACAAAGCCUUUGUAGCAUUGACGAAAAUGAAAUUAAAUGUUUUCAUUGAUGACUUUGAAGUACCCUCCAUUCAGAAAGAGCUUGAUAUAAUUUGAAGUCAGCAGUGCAAUAGAGAGCGAGAGAGAGCAGUCUUAUACUUGACAGCCACAAGGACUCUGUACCUUUUAAUAUCUGCAGAAAAGAGUUGAGUUUCAAUAGGUGCAACCUUCCCAGUUGGGAGUAUUGCAGCAAUGGCGGGAUCAUGGCCCGAUGAAGCUUUCCUCCUGUGCAUGAGCUCUCUUAGUCUACCUGGAAACCCUAGAUACUGUUGACAAUCAGCAAUUACUUUCGGGGUCCUGUUACAAAUCCAGCAUUCCUUUCUCCAUUUCUCUUGUUACAUGGAAAUCUUGGUUCAGAAAGCAAAAGGCAAUCAACAAGUAAGGUAUUUCCAAAAUCCUUUUUGUUGACAGGGUGGGGGAGCCAAGUGGGUGUAUUUUAUGCCAUAUUUGUCACUACAGGUGCAUUGUAAAAAUAUUUUGGCAACUGCUCUUCCUUAUCAUUUGGGGAGGGAGAGAAAUAGUACAGCAUACAGCAGGAUCCCAUCAGAAAGAAUACUCCACAAUAAUAUUGAAUUUCUUUUCUGAUGUCUGGGAUUGUGUUCCAAACUGUAUCAUGAUUUAGUUCCCAUUGAAGUGUGUGCAGCUAAAAUACAAAGAACCUUUUUGGAAAUACCGGCAUCCCUGUUCGCCAUUGGCAGUGUCUAAUAAUUAAACCUGAAGGACCAAUACGAUUAACUGUUGAUCAUGUGAAAAUGAAAAUGUUUCAGCUUGUACUAAU